AAAGAAAUAAAAGAAAAGAAACUAACACCCAACUCAAUACAGAAAGUUAAAGAAAAAAAUUAUUUAUUUCCUUAAUUUCGAUUCAAUCAAGUUACAGCAAACAUAAAAUGAAGUACAGUUAUAUAUUCUUAUCCUUGAAUCCAAGUUAUGGAGGUCGGUGGUUGAGCAGCAGCAGCUCCCAGUCGACUCGGCCUGAGUUCACUGGCGAGAACGCGUAUGAUAUCUUAGGAGUUUCGGAGACCAGCUCAUUGGCUGAAAUCAAAGCUUCGUUUCAUAAAUUAGCGAAACAAACUCACCCUGACCUCUCUCAUCACUCAAACGCCUUUAAUUCUCACCGUUUCAUUCAAAUCCUCGCUGCUUAUGAGAUUCUUUCGGACGCUGAGAAGAGGGCGCACUAUGACAGUUAUUUACUAUCUCAGAGAAAGAGAGUGCUGACACAAGGUUCGACAUUGUACAGAUACGAAUCGCGAAUGACUAUGAAUAAAGAGAUGGAAGUUGUUGAGUGGUUAAAGUGGUAUAGAUUGGCUAUAAAUGAUAUAUUGUCUCAGAGAGAGGUGGUGGCUGGAACUGGUUAUUUUGAUGUACUUGAAACUGAUUUUUAUUCAGCCAUACAUGCAGCUUAUUAUGGACCUGUAAUUGAGUCCAUGAAUCUUCUUCCUGAUCGGUUUGAGGCGGAGGAAAGGUCUGUCCAUGAAACUCCUGAGGUUCUGCAUUUGGUUUCGGGUCGUCAUCUUUUUGGAAUGGUCUGCCUGGCCGACAAGAUUCCUAAAUUAUCUUCUGCCUCUACUAAAAAAUUAAAAAAUGCCUUUGCAUCUUUUGGUUUGGGAGUCUGUAAAUCUGUUGAGGAUACAUGUGUCUUGAAAAAUUCCAAUGCGGUGGAUGAUGCUGGAAUUUCUCAGAUGCAUCCAGGGAAUAGUGUAAGUGAUAAAUCAGAUGCAUAUGAAGAUUUAGAAUUGCAUGUUUCUGGAAGGGUGGUGGCUGUGGCAACUAGAGUUCCUCCUAAGAACCAGGAUGGCAGAGCAGUACAGAAUGAAGAUGCACAAGAUCAGAUACAUGUUUUUCUUAAAUCGGAUGAUGAUCUUGUGCAUGCUAGCAAAGGUUUUUACAAGGAAUCUCUUGUGCCUGGUGCUGUUGGUGCAAGGAUUCCACUAGGAACCAUAAAGGGAAUGGGCAGCAGUCUUGAAGAGGGAUCAUGUUUUGUCUAUGAUGCCUGUGGUACCAAAACUCAUGUGAUAAUGAAACAUAGAACUUUGAUGGUGAAGCACAUGCACUGGUAUGGAGUAGGAGAUAAAGUUUCUAUUGUUGAAUGCAGAUGCAGCAGAGCCCGAUUGCCACCAAGCAAAUUUUGGCUGUUUGAGCCUCGUUGUGACAUGCACGACAUAGGUGGUUGGUAUGUUGAAACAUUCGGUAGAGAUAAGAAAGGUCGGACAGUUCCAUCUCAAAGGUAUUGGGAUGGAUUUGAUGGAAAUGAACAAAAUGACAAAAGACUACAUCCGGCGAUGUAUUUACUUGCUCUUGCAUAUAGAACUCUGGAUAUUGAAGAUACAAAAAGAAGGAAACGGACCGUUAGGAAUUUAGUUGAAAGUCAACUGUUUAGAAUACUCCAUUGGUGCAAGAAACUUGUGUAGGAAUGACCGUAAGGGCUUCGAGAUUCAUAUCAGUUUCAGCUGUUAUACUUGGCAAGCACCUUGUUUAUGACGUUGAAGGAUGGUCAGUCACUAUACUGUAGUAUAAAUCAAGCAAGGCCAUUGCGUGAGCCAUAGUUUCUGCAAGAUGACUGAAUAUUUUGAAGAACCAAUCUGUACGAUUCUCAGGACAACAAAGUCGUUUAAUAGGGCAGCCAUUUGGAUGUUCAAUUUCUGAUGCUAAAUAUCACGGCUCUAGAAUAUUGGAUUAUUUAUUUCUAUGAUUGAAGAAUGAGCUGUUAAGUUUGCUCUAAUAUUCAACUGAGCAAGAGCUGGGUUGUGGUAUCAAUAAUUUCUCAAUAUUCUAUCAUUGUAUAUCCUGCUACUGGAGACGAUUUUUAUGGCAUACAGGUUUAUAGGGAAAGUGGUCACUUCUGUGCUA